UCCAUCCUCAACCUGUGCAUCAUCAGCAUGGACCGCUACUGGGCCAUCUCCAGCCCCUUCAAGUACGAGCGCAAAAUGACGCGCAGGUUCGCCUUCCUAAUGAUCGGUGUCGCGUGGACUCUCUCCAUCCUCAUCUCCUUCAUCCCCGUGCAGCUCAACUGGCACCGCGCGGACGCGGACAACUUGACAGCAGACAACCCGGACGACUGCAACGCCAGCCUGAACCGGACUUACGCCAUCUCCUCGUCCCUCAUCAGCUUCUACAUCCCCGUGGUGAUCAUGGUGGGGACAUACACGCGCAUUUUCCGAAUCGCGCAAACCCAAAUCAGACGGAUCUCGUCUUUGGAGAGAGCGGCAGGGCACCGCGCGCAAAACCAGCGCCACCGCGCGUCAACGCACGACGAAAGCUCUCUGAAAACGUCUUUUAAGAGAGAAACGAAAGUUUUAAAGACUCUGUCCAUCAUCAUGGGAGUGUUUGUGUUCUGCUGGCUGCCGUUUUUCGUCCUGAACUGCGUGGUGCCUUUCUGCGACCUGGACAAACUUGGAGAGCCGCCGUGCGUCAGCGACACCACCUUCAGCAUCUUCGUGUGGUUCGGCUGGGCCAACUCGUCCCUGAACCCGGUCAUUUACGCCUUCAACGCGGACUUCAGGAAGGCCUUCUCCACCAUCCUGGGCUGCAACAAAUACUGCUCCACCUCCGCAGUGGAGGCGGUGGACUUCAGCAACGAGCUGGUGUCUUAUCACCACGACACCACCAUGCAGAAGGAGCCCUGCGCCAUGACGGGCCCCGGCGCGCAGAGACUCAUCCCGCCGCCACCGCCGCCGCACACAGGGGGAGAUCUGGACCAGAACUUUGACAAAGUUUCUAUGAUUUCAGUUGAUUCCCGCAACCACAGUAACUUACUGCUGCCCGCCAUCCUGCAGUAUGAGUGCGAGGCAGAGAUUUCUUUAGACAUGAUUCCCUUUAACUCAUCCGGACCCACCGACUGUUACGUUAUUCCGGGUCAAAUCCAGGACCUGUGA